AUGGAGCUGAAGCUUCUCUUCGCCCUAGCCUUCCUGUUGCUGACCUUCGUCUCCGGCGUGAGCUCCGGCUCAUCGCACUACUACUUCACCUCCAUGUUCACCCUUGGCGACUCCCACAUCGACACCGGCAACUUCCCCAUCAUGGCGAGAGCUAUAAACUUUCCUGCGUGGGUCAACAACCCCCCCUACGGCAUGACCUUCUUUGGCCGUCCUACCGGGCGCCAAUGCGACGGGAGAGUCAUCGUCGAUUUCAUGGCCGAGGAGUUUGGCCUCCCAUUCCUCCCGCCCUCCCUGGCGAACAGCUCCGACGUCUCGCGCGGAGUAAACUUCGCCGUCGGCGGCGCGACGGCGAUCGCCGUUGACUUCUUUGAGAAGAACAAGCUGGUCCCGUUUAAGCUCCUGAACAACUCGCUGGACGUGCAGGUGGGCUGGUUCCAGGACCUCAGGCCAUCGAUUUGCAACAAGACGAAAGGGUCCCGCCGCUGUUUCAACAAAUCGCUUUUCAUGGUCGGGGAGUUCGGGGUCAACGACUACAACUUCUUUUGGAUGGCGAAUAAGACCGAGGACCAAGUCAGAUCGUACGUGCCGAGCGUUGUGAAAAGAAUCGCCUUGGCCGUGGAGAGGCUGAUCGAAGACGGCGCGGCGCACGUGGUGGUGCCGGGCAACCCACCGAGCGGUUGCCUGCCCAGCGUGCUCGUCUCCCGGCAGACCCCCGAUAAGGCGGCCUACGACCACGUUGGCUGCCUCCGCGGCGUCAACGGCGUGGUCGAGCACCACAACAAGCUGCUCCGCAAGACCGUUGGCGGCCUCAGGGCCAAGUACCCGCACGCCACCAUCAUCUUCGCUGACUUCUACACGCCCAUCUACAAAAUGCUCGAAAAUCCACGCCAUUUUGGGUUGCUGGCCUCGGGCGUCCUGAAGGCGUGCUGCGGCACUGGCGGCGGCGCUUACAACUGGAACGCGAGCACCUUCUGCGGCAUGCCGGGGGUGGCCGCGUGCCCGGACCCGUCCGCGUACGUGAGCUGGGACGGGGUGCAUUACACGGAGGCCGUCAACCGCUACAUCUCCGAGGGGUGGCUCAACGGCACCUACGCUGAACCGCCCAUACUGAGGGCUAUGCGCAACUAGCUCGCUGAGACUGAUUAUUUACAAUAAUCGUUCUUGAAUUGAAAGUUUAAUAUUGAGUAUUUGGUUAUUGAAAAGAUUCUUUAUUUCUAGCGACAUACAAUAAAACAUCAUUAUUGUAUGCAUGGUGCACUAUGUGGCAUUAUUUAUAAAUAAUCAUUUCUUUA